AUGGCAACACAUUUCAGAAUACCCGAAGCCGACCGAUUUCUCAGUCAAGUAACCAGCUUGGCUCACAUUGCUAAUGCAAACAAGAUUGUGAAAGAGAAGCUUACGCCAAGGCAGUUGGACAUGUUCAAGAGAACAGUUUUUGGACGAUUUGGAAAGAUUGUGAAAGAGAAGCUUACGCCAAGGCAGUUGGACAUGUUCAAGAGAACAGUUUUUGGACGAUUUGUAGACGUUGACAUGGUGUUUAACAGCCCAGUUAUCCAUCACAUGUUGCUGAGAGAAAUCACAGUAGUUUACUAUAUUAAGGUCUCAAUGAUGGGAAAAAACAAACAGAAAAAUGCAGUGGACCUCAAAUGUUUUAAGGACGUUCAAACCUUAGAUUACUACAACAGUCUUGAUUGGGGUACCAUUAUUUGGGAGAGGACAUUGGAUGCCCUAAAGACUGUGUUGAAUGAUAAGAGCAGUCUAUACAAGACGAGGGUCAAAGGAAAUAAAAAUUACGUUGUGAAGUACUCUUUACGUGGAUUUCCACAAGCGUUCCAGGUAUGGACGUACGAGAUCCUAGCUUCAUCGAUAGCUGGAAACAUUGCGAAGCGAAGGAGCAAGGUGGCUUUGCCCCGCAUAUUACGAUGGUCAUGCUCCCACUCAUUGUCCUUCAAAGAACUCAAGAGAGAGAUAUUCGAGUCUAACAAUAUAAAAGUUAAAGAGGGUAAUGUCAUGUCAGAUGCUGAGAGGGAGUUUCGGGAUACCCCAGUGGACGGGCGACCUAUAUUUGAUCUAGGUACGGAUGAUGAUAGUUCUGAAAAUGGCAAUAGGUCGACUAGUGAUAGGGGUAGUCCUGAAAGUGAAAGUGACAGUGAUGAUCAUUGUAGAGGUGACAAUGAUGAAGUUAUUAGGGUAGAAGGAGGGGAUGAACCUGAGCAUUCUGAGCAUAAGGAUGUUGAAUAUGGAAAGAUGGAAAGAGGGACAUACACACCUAGUGAUAAUAUGUUCCAUGAUGUGAUGGAGGACGUACACGAUGAGGAUGAGUUGAACCAACUUGAUGUCUAUCUUACAGACUCCCGUAGAGAGCGACCUGUGGAUGAAGAAUGUCCUGAGUGUGCUGCCCGCCACAGGGAGGGAGCCAAUCCCAACGAGUCUAUUUAUUCGUACCUGCAGAUCAUGGACAACUCACUAUCGAGGUUGGAUGGCCGUAUAUCGGGUUUAGAUAGUUGUGUAUCCAAUAUGGAGGAAAACAUGACGGACAUGAAAGGGCAAUUGUUGGCCAUCCUGUUACUGUUGCAGUCUAUGUGUAAGGUUUACAUUUAUUAUCAUUUUAUGUCUUCAUGUGUUUAG